UAUUGCAAUUUUAUAGUUCUGGAAAAGCGGCCGUUCGUGCCGUUGAAUCCGUGUUGGUCGUGAAAAUUUCAGUUCUGCUCCGGAAAAACCGUUUCAAUCGCUCCCUAAAGUAUCACCAAAAGUAAGCGGAAGCUUUGCGCAAUCCCGUGCGACUCGUUUUAGCCGUCUAACCAUGGCGUCCGAGGAGGAAAUUGACGAAUCUAUUGCCGAGGAAGAGACGGCCUUGGACGAAACGGGUGCUGAUACGCCACUGGAAGCGGGAGCCGACGCUGAGGAAAAUUCGGAGGACGAAGCGCUGCGGAAUCUGGCCACGGCCCAGGACGAAGAUGACGACUACGAACCGGAGGAUAACCGUAGCAAGAAGAGCAAGAAGGGUAAGAAGCGGAAGGCUCGCGGAGAGGAGAAGAGCAAGGCGCGGAAGAAGAAGAAGCGAAAGAAGAACGACAGCGGCGAUGAGAGCGAUUUCCGGCAGAGUGACGACGGGGCCGGUGCCGGUGCUGAUUCGGAUGAGAAGCCUAAGCGGAGCGGCCGUGAUAAACGUAAGGGCAAGGAGGAGAAGAAGGAGGAAAAGAAGAGCGGGAGCUCGGGGGCGGACUACAACAUGCCGUCGAUCGAAGAGGUUUGCGCAACGUUUGAUCUAACUGAUGUGAAAAUUGAGUACACCGAAGAGGACUACGAAAACUUGAUGACGUACAAGAAUUUCCAUUCGCAUGUUCGCCCAAUUUUGGCAAAGGAAAAUCCAAAGGUUCCAAUGUCCAAGUUGAUGAUGUUGGUCGCAGCCAAGUGGCGCCAAUUCAGUGAGGAAAAUCCUAACCUUCAAGCGGAGGAAGAGGAAGACAAGCAGGAUGAUGAACCGCCACCAUCGCCGGAGUAUGUUCCCAAGUCAAGUCGAUCCAGAACAAAGACCGAGAAGAGGGAUGAAGAUAUGGUCUACGACGACGACGACGAUGAUGAAGAGGAACUCGAACGGGAGAGGACUAAGAAAAAGGGUCGGAAAAGUGCUAGUUCUAGUACAAAGAAAGGCAAAAAGCCGAAAGUUCCAACGUUGAAGAUAAAAUUCUGCAAACGGAAGAAUGCCAGCUCGGAGGAUGAUCCCGAAGCUAGUGGAGCAUCGGAGCGGGAUUCGGACGCAGAGUUUGAGAAGAUGUUACAGCAAUCCGAGGAAAAGGCUGAUAAGGAAAAGGAAAAGGCUGAUGCGGAGACGGCUGAGCAAGCAGCGGAAAGUGCCGAUCCUCCAAUUCGGAAGAAGGCCAAAACCAAAAUUGGAAACAAGUCAAAAAAGAAGGGACGAGCAAAGAAGAGCAAAUUCCCCGACGGAGAAGAUGGUGAACAUGAGCACCAGGACUUCUGCGAGGUUUGUCAGCAGGGUGGAGAGAUCAUCCUUUGCGAUACUUGCCCGAAAGCGUACCAUUUGGUGUGCUUGGACCCGGAACUGGAGGAUACACCGGAAGGAAAGUGGUCGUGCCCGACAUGCGAAGCCGAGGGACCCGUUGAGGAUGAUGACGAUGAGCAUCAAGAGUACUGUCGCAUUUGUAAGGACGGUGGGGAAUUGCUUUGCUGCGAUAGCUGUCCCUCGGCGUAUCAUACUUUCUGUUUGACGCCUCCGUUGGAUGACAUCCCGGAUGGCGAUUGGCGUUGUCCGAGAUGCGGAUGCCCUCCGUUGCAGUACAGGGUACAGAAGAUUCUCACCUGGCGUUGGACAACUAAACCUCUGGACCCGAAUGAACCGUCGACUUCAAAAGCUCAGACGACUCGUAGGCGAGAAUAUUUCGUCAAAUUUCACGAAAUGUCCUACUGGCAUUGCGAUUGGGUCACAGAACUACAACUGGAUGUAUUCCAUCCGCUAAUGUUCCGUUACUACACCAGAAAGUAUGAUAUGGAGGAACCUCCCAAACUGGAGGAAGCGCUGGAUGAGGCGGACAGUCGCUACAAGCGAAUUUUGAAGAUGCGCGAUGGGGAAGCGGAUGAAACAGAGCUGGAAGAAAAGUAUUAUAGGUACGGGGUUAAACCAGAAUGGCUGAUGGUUCACCGUGUUAUUAACCACCGAACGAUGCGAGAUGGCCGUACGCUGUAUUUGGUCAAGUGGCGAGAGUUGCCGUACGACAUGGUCACCUGGGAGGAGGAAGAUGAGGAAACUCCUGGGCUGAAAAGUGCCAUCGAGUAUUAUUUGGAUUUGAGAGCAAACUGCACCAACGAAAUCAACUCCAGCUCCAGUAGCAGCAAAAAGAGCAAAAAGAAAGGACGCAAAUCACGGGUCCGAGAAUUGGAAGAGGAUGAAAGAUUGGGCCUACGACGUUACACACCACCUCCGGAUAAGCCUACAACAGAACUGAAGCGCAAGUAUGAAGUUCAACCACCAUAUUUGGACGAAACUGGAAUGCGACUUCACAACUACCAGCUGGAGGGCAUCAACUGGUUGCGUUACUCUUGGGCUCACGGAACAGACACCAUCUUGGCCGACGAAAUGGGUCUUGGUAAGACCAUUCAGACAGCCGCCUUCCUUUAUUCGCUGUACAAGGAAGGUCACUGCAAGGGACCAUUCCUGGUUGCCGUUCCGCUUUCUACAAUCAUCAAUUGGGAGCGUGAGUUCGAAACGUGGGCACCGGACUUUUACUGCAUCACCUAUGUCGGUGACAAGGAUUCCCGUGCUAUUAUCCGAGAGCACGAGUUGUCAUUCGAAGAGGGAGCAGUUCGUGGGGGACGAGCUUCAAAAAUUCGAGCUAAUACGAUAAAGUUCAAUGUUCUGCUGACCAGCUACGAAAUGAUAUCGUUUGAUGCUGCCUGUCUGGGUUCGAUCGAUUGGGCUGUGUUGGUUGUCGAUGAAGCCCAUCGACUUAAGUCGAAUCAGAGCAAGUUCUUCAAAAUUUUGGCUAACUACAACAUUGCCUACAAACUGUUGCUGACGGGGACACCACUUCAGAACAAUCUGGAGGAACUGUUCCAUCUGCUGAACUUCUUGAAUUCUGAGAAAUUCAACGAUAUGGCUAGCUUCCAGAAUGAGUUCGCCGAUAUUAACAAGGAAGAUCAGGUGAAAAAACUGCACGAAAUGUUAGGUCCGCACAUGCUGCGUCGUCUCAAGACGGACGUGCUAAAGAACAUGCCCACCAAGUCGGAGUUUAUCGUGCGUGUCGAACUGUCCCCGCUGCAGAAGAAGUACUACAAGUACGUUCUGACGCGCAACUUCGAGGCGCUUAAUCCGAGAGGCGGAGGCGGUGCCUGUUCGCUCAUAAACAUCAUGAUGGAUCUGAAGAAGUGCUGCAAUCAUCCGUAUCUGUUCCAGGCGGCCGUAGAGGAAGCACCACUUGGUCCCGGUGGAAACUACGAGAUUCAGUCGUUGAUCAAGGCAGCUGGAAAGUUGGUCCUGCUGGAGAAGAUGCUGAAACAGUUGAAAGAACAGGGUCAUCGGGUGUUGAUCUUUUCGCAGAUGACCAAGAUGUUGGAUAUUAUGGAAGAUUUUCUGGAAGGGUUGGGCUACAAGUACGAACGUAUUGAUGGUGGUAUUACCGGAACGCUUCGACAGGAGGCUAUUGAUCGGUUCAAUGCUCCGGGAGCGCAACAGUUCUGUUUCCUGCUGUCGACUCGUGCCGGUGGUUUGGGUAUUAACUUGGCAACGGCUGACACCGUAAUUAUCUACGAUUCCGAUUGGAAUCCGCACAAUGACAUUCAAGCGUUUUCGCGUGCUCAUCGAAUCGGUCAGGCCAACAAGGUCAUGAUUUAUCGGUUCGUCACAAGAAAUUCCGUGGAGGAGCGAGUCACCCAGGUGGCCAAGAGGAAGAUGAUGUUGACACAUUUGGUGGUACGACCAGGAAUGGGUGGAAAGGGAGCUAACUUUACCAAGCAGGAGUUGGAUGAUAUUUUGCGAUUUGGUACAGAGGAACUGUUCAAGGAAGAUGCCAAGGAUGAGGAAGCCAUUCAUUAUGAUGAUAAGGCGGUGGCAGAGCUGCUGGACCGAUCCAACAAGGGCGUUGAGGAAAAGGAGAAUUGGGCUAACGAGUAUUUGUCAUCGUUCAAAGUUGCUUCUUACUCGACAAAGGAAGAUGUCGAAGAGGAGGUGGAUACUGAAAUCAUUAAACAGGACGCGGAAAAUUCGGAUCCGGCAUACUGGGUCAAGCUCCUGCGUCACCAUUACGAACAGCACCAGGAAGAUUUGUCGCGAACUUUGGGCAAGGGAAAACGUGUCCGCAAACAGGUUAAUUACACGGAUGGCGGUGUCGUCCAAGCGGAUCCAGUCAAGGAAGAUUCAACCUGGCAGGAGAACGUUUCCGACUACAAUUCAGAUUAUUCUGGAAAUUCAGACGACCAGGGAGAUGAGGAUGAUGAAGAUGGUGAUACGAGUCGAAGAAGCAAGAGGAGAAUCGAACGGAAGGAAGCUGAGAGAGAUAAUCGACCACUUCCUCCGCUGUUGGCUCGUGUGGGCGGUAACAUUGAGGUGCUGGGCUUCAAUGCACGUCAGCGUAAGAGCUUCCUCAAUGCAAUUAUGCGAUACGGGAUGCCACCGCAGGAUGCAUUCAACUCACAGUGGCUCGUGCGGGACCUACGUGGAAAAUCGGAACGAAACUUCAAAGCUUACGUCUCACUGUUUAUGCGACAUUUGUGCGAACCGGGUGCCGAUAAUGCGGAAACGUUCGCCGACGGUGUACCGCGGGAGGGUCUCAGUCGGCAGCAUGUUUUGACCAGAAUCGGUGUUAUGUCGUUGAUCCGUAAGAAAGUGCAGGAGUUUGAACAUAUUAACGGUUACUACAGCAUGCCGGAACUGAUCAAGCGACCAUGUGAACCCGUUAAAAAUGCCCUAGCUGGCGAGGCUAAUAGUGAAACGCCGAAAUCCGCUACCACCAGUACCAGUGCGACUCCGGCUACGAGUGCAGCUCCAAGUCCAGCCCCAACCGGUGUGGACAAGGAGGACGAUACGAGCGCUUCGACAGAGGAUAAGGACAAGAAAGAAGCCGAAGAAGAGAAAAAAGAUCCGUUGGAUGAGAAGAAAGAGGUACCGGAAACAGGUAAAUCUACCGAUAGUGAAAUCCAAAGCGACGAGAAAGAAACGAAGGUUGAGGGAAAAUCGGAUGUAGCGACAGAAAUUAAAUCCGAUGAAGCCAAAAAGGAUGGCGAAUCGGUGGAAGAGAAGAAACCAGAAGCGGAUGAAUCCAAGCCUAAGAGUGAAUCCAAGGAUGACGACGCGACUGGCAAGGUGGAAAAGUUAAAGGAAGAUACAGUAAAAAGUGAGACCCCGGCUUCGUCCGCGGAACUCAAGAAGGAGGAACCAGCAGAUGAUCCGGACGUCAAAAUCACUGAAGACCCGGACAAGGACAAACCAAUUGCUAUCGAUGAUGACGACGAUGACGAUGUGGUCAUUGUGAAGGACGAUGAUGACGAUGUGAAAAAACUUCCAUCAAAACCUGAACAAUUGGAAGUUCACAAGCGGACGUUUAUGUUUAACAUCGCCGAUGGUGGUUUUACUGAACUGCACACACUUUGGAUCAACGAGGAGAAGGCUGCCGUACCUGGAAGAGAGUACGAAAUAUGGCACCGCCGUCACGACUACUGGCUGCUAGCAGGAAUCGUUACCCAUGGCUAUGGCCGCUGGCAGGAUAUCCAGAACGAUAUUCGUUUCGCGAUCAUCAAUGAACCGUUCAAGAUGGACGUUGGAAAGGGUAAUUUCUUAGAGAUCAAAAAUAAAUUCCUCGCCCGUCGUUUCAAACUGCUGGAACAGUCCCUUGUCAUUGAGGAACAGCUGCGACGAGCUGCCGUGCUGAAUCUCGCCCAAGAUCCGAGUCACCCGGCGAUGGCCCUGAAUGCUCGAUUUGCUGAGGUAGAAUGCCUGGCCGAGUCUCACCAGCAUCUGAGCAAGGAAUCUCUGGCUGGAAAUAAACCAGCGAACGCCGUUCUGCACAAAGUUCUCAAUCAACUUGAGGAACUGCUGUCGGAUAUGAAGAGUGAUGUUUCGCGACUUCCGGCUACCCUGGCUCGUAUACCCCCGGUUGCUCAACGACUGCAAAUGUCCGAACGGUCAAUUCUGUCCCGAUUAGCCGCCACUGGAAACACCAUUCAACCGAAUCCACCACUGGCACAAUUUCCGGUCGGCUUCCAAGGAACGACGCUGCCAGGAUUCGCGGUAGCCGCCACAGCUGCGGCGAACUUUGCCAACUUCCGGCCCACGUUUUCAGUGCCCGGACAGCCAACUGCUAACUACCCCAGCGGGUCCGGGACUUCUAAAUAAGUGACAACAGUGGUGAUGAUUUACACGUACGUUUGCUUAGUAUGAAUUGUAACGUUAGUCCCUUUUAUAAUCUGAAAGGAAGCAAUUCCUUGUAGACGUAGUAUAUUUUAUCGUCUGGGUUCCAGAUGUCAAAUUCCUUACUCUGUAUUUUUUAUUUAUGUACCUACCAACCGAAGCAAACUUUGAAAUCAAGACAACAAUGGAACUCUAAUCUACGUUUUACAGUAAUAUACGAUAGGAGUGAUACACACAAGUUUACAUCUAGGAUUUAAACCACUUUCAAACGGCAUAAAACAGUUCGAAAAUCAAUAUUGAAAAAGCGUAAAGUGUAA